CGAAUCGUCAGUUUGUUACUUCUCCGUAGCACGCCUAACACCGCUACCCUUGCAUCAUAAACCUACUAUCAAGCGUACAUGACACAUGAUCUUAACAGGCGUGGCGCUUGCAGCGUGCGCAGCCCUCACGCACACGGCGAUCGACUCGACCCGCAAGUAUGCCGCAAGUAUCAUUGGCAUUGCGCCAGAUGGCUUAGUCACCGUGCCAGCGCUGCUGGACAUGGUCAUUUCCUGCGCGGGCGUUGCCCUGACGGGUCGAUGGCGAGGUACCAUCAAGCAUCCCACGCUGUUCGCGACAGCUACCAUCACCUCCUCACUUCUGUUGCUGGUCUCCCGCUACAUGUACCAGCGUGCCAUACAACUCUCCCCGCUUAGCCUCACUAUCCCCUACCUGGCCUUCACCCCAGCGAUCCUCAUAGCCACAGCAUACAUCUUCCUGGGAGAGCUCCCCAGCCCCACCGGCCUCGUGGGUGUCUGUGUCGUCGCCAUGGGAGGCUACCUCCUCAACCUCAGAGCUGGCGGCAGCGCCGCCGCCGGCAGCGGUAGCGGCGGCGUGGCGGCGAGUGGUGGAGCCGCCGGAGCCGGCGGCAAAGCCUCAGGUCUGACCGCGUCCUCCUCCCUAUCCGCCCUUGCGUCAGCGGAAAUCUCUGGCGUUGUCGUACAAGUAGCGGCGACGGCGUUGCCGUCAAUGGGUUCGGGGACCACCUCUUCCGCUAGCGGCGGCGCCGCCGGCCCCGCCGCCGGGUUUCUGAUGCAGCGAUCGGCGUCCGUCGCCACAACUUCUGAUCUAGAGACUGGUGGCGUGGGGGGAGCCGGAGCCGGAGGGGCCCCGGGUGGCGGCGGCGGCAAGCGCGGCAGCAAGGGGCUUUCCGUACACCACAGGCGGCUGCCUAGCGCCUCCGAGCUGCUGAUGCUGCGGUCGUCGUACCACCACCAGCAGAUACUGACGUCCUGGCAGCAGGAGCCAGGGACGUUACUAAUGAUAGAAAGGUCUUCGUCAGGUCGGCUAUAUCAAACAGGGUUCGAUUACGCGACGAUUCGGCUUCUGGAAUGUGGAUCUUGCGUUGCAGCUAAAGAAGAACCCAAAGCAGCCAUUGCAAAACUGUUCGAGCUAAGUUCAUCGGAAGUCUCCAAGUUCGUAAAGGUCAUCGCGGCUUUGCUUAACCGGCCUAACCUUGAUCUGGAGUUUCUCCCACAGGAGUUCGAGGACUUGACCCCCAGCCCUGAUGGCGUGUACUCGUACGCGCCGGGCAGCUACAACCCCCUUCUCUUUCGACGUUCCGGCACGGAGGCUGAUCCGGGAGCUUGGCAAUGGAGUGAUGAUGGUCAGCACUGGUUCGCAACAGACAACGUCCGGGAGAGCCCACACGGCUUGCCCGAACCGCCCGCGUUGGUAUUCAUUCUAAGACUCCACGUCGAGUACCUCAUUCGCCGGCGCCUCGCCAAUCCAGCCGUACUGCACCGUCGCCUGCCUGCACCGCUGGACUUGGGCACCUGUCCGCGUGGCGUACUGGACGCAGCACCUGAGCCGUUGUGCUGCCCCAUCUCCCACAGCGUGAUGCGGCUGCCCGUUGUGUCGCCCAGUGGUACGACAUUCGAGUACGACUGCAUCCGAAGGUGGGCUCAGCGGCACAACACCGACCCGGUGAAUGGCGCCCCCCUGGCGGAGGGCGACCUCUACCCCAACUUGGCACUGAGGGACAUCAUCGAGCGCUGGCUGAGACAGCAAAAGUCGUCACAGCAGCAGCAGCAACAGCAGCAUUCGGAGAUGGAGCAAAAACCGCAGGAGCAAUUGCAGGGGCGGGGGACGGAGAAAGAGGAGGAUGACGACGAGGAGGAGGGGACCUCUGAGGAGGCUGAGAUCUGGGCACGUGGAAGACCUGAAGGGGCGGGUCGAGGUGGAAGGCGAGGGGAAACAACAGGAGGAGGGCAGGGGGAGGUCGCUGCUGCAGGGGGUCCUGGGCGUGAAACGCUCGAGGAGGAGGAGGUGGAGGUGACUGCGGACACUGUGCAUUUAGCUGACGAGGCGGUGGGAGGGUUUGAGGGAGCGGCGGGGAAGGCGGGCACGUUGAAGGACGACUUCUUCACAAACAUGCUGCUCUGGUCCUGUGUAUGGUCAUGA